AGAGAAUUUUACUUCGGAAAUAGGUCGCACUUUCUUUUCCUUUCCGAUGGUUCACUUACCCAUUUAUUAACCAUUUCGUUUCGACUCGAUUACAACGCACUUUACGAACCAAUAGCUCGGAAAAUCAUCGUUUUAUUCCUAGUUUUCUAUUUGUUAUAAUACCCUUUAAUUUAGGCUUAUUAAAAAGGAUCUAAAUCUAAUUAUUUGAAAUUUUUUUAAACGACCUUUCACCAUCUUUACACCCUCUUCUUCUUCUUCAACGUUAAGUCACGCGUUCGAAAUACACAGUAGAGAAAGUGCAAAGUCUUAAAGUGAGCCGCAAGUUCGCAGGAACUUGGUCAUUCAGUCAGUGUGUCGUGCCGUCGACAGACGGCGCUGUGCUAACUCCUGUGUUUAAGACACCUUUCAAGAACUUCUCCUCAAAAAAAAUCCCUUAAUUAAAAAUCAAUCAUGCACCCUUAAAACCACUCGACUCAAUCUCAACAAAACCCUAAAAGAAAAAAGAAAAAAAGAAAUUUCCACGGUCCUUCACGAUGAGGGAUAACUGCAGAUCUUGCACGGUUAAGGACAUCAACAACAAUCGGUACACGGCGUCGAUGGAUAAGGAUAUUCCAAAUGGAAACGAUCCGAAAAGUGCGGCGAAAUCUUUUGGGGUUCAAGUUACCGCCAAGGUUUUAUUUGGACCCGUUCAAGCUAUCGCUAAACUUCAACAAGACGAGAAAGCUGCUAGGGAAAAUAAAAGAAUUUAAAAAAAGAUCUUCGAUAAUUUUAAUAUUGGCACUUACAAUGAAUAAUGACCUUACAAAUACAAAACUGACGGAAUCAAAGACUACAGACUUACUUAAAAAUUUUACUGACGCAUUAGAAAACAAAGAUCAAGAUUUUUUUGACGAUAAAACUGAAAUAAACGACGCUGUUUUAGAAGGAUUUAAUGUGAUGCAAGAACUUUAUAAUGUUAAAGAACCUCUCCUUUAUAAAAUGGGUUUCUAUUUAGAUCCAACCGAACCCGCAGCAAAACUUGCAACCUUUAAAGCACCAAACAUCAAAGCCACUUUGCAAUCGAAAUACGGAUUUGCAACCGUUCAAGCAACGUUACGCUUGGCGCAAAGAAACCCGCUUCAACUCAGUAGACAAAACGAAGAUCUCCAAGAUUUAACCAAUGUCAUCCUUGACGAACAAUGUCCGUUCAAAGCGGUUCCAAGAUGCGGAUUGGCUUCGAAACGAUAUCGAACGGCGGAUGGAAGUUGUAACAAUCUUAAAUUUCCACGAUUAGGAACUGCGUUAUCACCGCUUCAACGAUUUCUUCCUCCAGUUUAUGAUGAUGGCAUUCAAAGUGAAAGACGUUCAAUAUUCGGAUCACCUUUACCAUCCCCACGAUUAAUAAGCGCCAACAUCCACCAACAACGCAACAUUGAAACUCCAACUUUAUCAUUAAUGUUAAUGCAAUGGGGCCAAUUUUUNGCCCUAAAAGUUUUUUUUAUAGGCAUUCAAAGUGAAAGACGUUCAAUAUUCGGAUCACCUUUACCAUCCCCACGAUUAAUAAGCGCCAACAUCCACCAACAACGCAACAUUGAAACUCCAACUUUAUCAUUAAUGUUAAUGCAAUGGGGCCAAUUUUUAGAUCACGAUAUAACCUCAACGGUUUCUUCGCGAGCUUUUAACACCUCAAUUCCAAGAUGUUGUCUUCCUGGUGGCUCCGGGAUUCUUCCGUUCGAAUUUAUGCAUCCCGAAUGUAUGCCAAUUUCCGUACCGGAAACCGACGUUUUCUUCAACAAAUUCGGCGUGAGAUGCAUGGAAUUCGUACGAAGCGCGCCAGCAACGCGAAUUAAUUGCAAAUUGGGUUGGAGAGAACAAAUCAACCAAGCGACAUCGUUUAUUGACGCAUCAAUGAUUUACGGAAGUGACGUCAAUAAAGCAGAAUCAUUAAGAACGCUUAAAAGGGGACAAUUAAUUUUUGGGAAUCAAAAUAAGAAUUGCCAUUUUGGGGCGAUUUCUUCAAGUUGCUUUUCAUCGGGGGAUAAAAGAUUCAGCGAGCAACCCGCUUUAACGGCGUUACACACAAUUUGGGUUAAAUUCCAUAACAAAAUCGCCGAAGAAUUGGCUGAGUUUAACCCGCAUUGGAGCGAUGAGAAGAUUUACCAAGAAACUCGAAGAAUAAUAGCUGCUUUAAUCCAACAUAUUACUUAUAGGGAGUUUCUCCCGAUCGUUUUAGGGAGCGAAGUGAUUGAGUUGUUUGAAUUGAAGUUGUUGAGGGAUGGUUUUUAUGGGGGUUAUGAUGAGAGUGUUAAUCCAACGACUUCGAAUGAGUUUUCGACCGCUGCGUUUCGAUUCGGGCAUAGUUUGGUGCCUAAUUCGAUUUUAAGGGAUAGGAUGGUUUUUGAGAAUGUUUCGCUUCACGAGGAAGUGACGAAUUUUCGGGAUACUUUAACGCCGGGUUCUUUGCACCGGAUUAUUUUGGGGGUAAUUAAUCAACCUUCUCAAGUUAGGGAUGAAUUUAUAAGUGAGGAGUUAACCAGGCAUUUAUUUCAAAGUCCGGGUGGGGCGUUUGGGGUUGAUUUGGCUUCGGUUAAUGUUCAAAGGGGGCGAGAUCAUGGGUUGCCCCCUUACACGUCUUGGAGGGCUCCUUGUGGGUUGACGCCUUUAAAAACGUUUUUGGAUUUGGGGAAAGUAAUCCCGAAGGAAACUGCGGUUAAAUUUAAGCUGUUAUUUGAGGAUGUUGAUGAUAUCGAUCUUUAUACGGGGGGGUUAUCGGAAAAAUCGGUUCGGGGGGGGCUAAUUGGGCCGGUUUUUGCUUGUAUAGUGGCCCAACAGUUCUUGAAUUACCGAAAAGGGGAUCGAUUUUGGUACGAAAAUGCCGGAUUUGAGUCCUCGUUUAAUUUGGAGCAAUUAAACGAGAUUAGGAAGGUUUCUUUGGCGGAAAUUUUAUGUGGCGUGCUUAAAAGUGUUGAUUCGAUUCAAAAUUUUGUCUUUUUGUUGGCUGAUGAUGAUAAAAAUCCGAGGAUAUCUUGCGAUGAAAUUGUUUCUAACGGGCUAAAUUUGGAGUAUUGGCGAGAUUUUAGUGAAUUCGAUGAGAAUCGAUUAAAAUUUAAGAGGAAUUUGGGUCAUAAAGAUAAAGCGAGGAGUAUUGGGGAGUAUAUCAUUGACACCAUCGAGGAUUAUUACGACGAUUCUUAUGAUUAUGAGGAACACCGAAGAAAGCCAAUAAAAAAGAGAAAAAGUUCAACUAAAAAGCCAAAAAUUGCUACUCAAACGCAAGAAUUAGAAGUAAAAUUGAAAGAUGAAGAAGAUAAAUUAACAUUAAUUCCAUUAUUAAUUCAUAAUUCAUCAAAAAAUGAUAACAAAAACGAUUUAGUUAACAACGCUCAAAAAGAGUUCAAAGAAAAACCUAACUAUCAAGUUAACGUUAACAUUAAUUAUGUAUUAGGGGGUAAUUUUGAACCCUCCAAACCACAAUUAAACAAUAAUAACAUCCAAAAACGACCUUUACACACCGACAGACUUUACAUAAAAGACGAGAAGAGACCAUUUUUAGACGAUCCCACGUUUUAUUUAGACAAAGACGAGACUUAUUUGACUGACAGACUUUAUUUCGACAAAAAUUGCGACCAAAACAAACCAUGCGCGAAUUACGACCCAAAUCGACUUUCCUUUUUGUACCAAACCACCAAAAAAUUAAACAAUAAUCCGAUUUAUUUGAUUAAUACAAAAACGACGACUUCAAAACCGAAUUAUUUUGUGACCGGGUAUCAACUCAAAAAGACGACGACGACUUCAAUUAAAGACUUUUACGACGUGCCGAUUUUUAUUUCAUCGAAUCAAAAUAAAUUUACUUCGACGACGAGAAAUUACGUACAAGAUGUUGGUUAUGACGAGAUUAACGAGGACUUUACCACUAAAAAAACGAAUUUCCAAAAUUUUCCAACCGAUCGACCUCAAUUUUCUAAUUUUAAAUUCACCACGAAAUCACCCAAUUAUUUAUUUAAUCCUCAAUUUGUUAAUAACAACAAUAAUAAUAGACCAAUUUAUGCAAAAGAUCCAAUUGAUGAUGUUUACACAACGAUCCUAAAAAAACCCACACAAAAUUUAAUUCUAAUUAAUAACGUUAAUAAGAAACAAAAAAUUGAUAAUAAAUUAGAUUUUAAAUCGGAAUUGUUGCCGAAUAAAUUAAAAACGAAAGAUGUAAAUUUAGUAAAAAUUUAUUCGAUAAAAUCGAAUGGAUUUAAAUUGGAAGGUAAAGAUGCUAAAGAAGAUGAAAAAAAUUUAUUAUUACCCGAUUUAGAUGGAACUAAAAUUGUUCGAAUUGAAGUGGUUCCAAGUGAAAUAAAGUUUUUGAGGAAAAAAUUGAAUGAAAAAUCUAUUCGGGGGGAUCAAUUAGAUGAAAUGUUAAUGUCUAAUGUAAGUUAUGGGGAAAUUUCGGACGAAUUACCGAAUCAAAUGGAUUUUAAUAACGUGAAAAGGAGGAAUGGUUAAAAAUUUUGGAUCGGACUGACUUGAAACUUUUAAAUCUGUAUUUAUAUAGCUAUAUUUAUUUUUUUUUGUAUUUAUACGUUAGAGUAGCCGGCUAAAACAUGCUGCCAAAAAGACGGUUUUAUUGAAAAAAAAUUGUAUUAAAACAUUCUUUUGUAAAUUAGUACUUUGUAAAUAAAGUGUUAUUGAGUAAUUUGA